AUCUUCACUCAUGCCAGCAAACCAAGUACCAAAACCGUUUGUCUCAGACACAGUUGCAUACUUGCUGAAAGAGUUGUGAACUUUAACCCACUCAAGUGAUAGCAAUGGCGGUUUCAUCUCCUCAUCUUCCUCCAAUUCUCUCUCCUCUGCAACUCAAAACCCCUCUCAAUCUCAACACUCGCUUAAAUCUCUCACCUUUCUUUAAAAUCUCCUCCAAAGCUACGCCGACAAUUCGACGCUCUUCCGUUAUCAUCGCUUCUUCUGGUUCUAAGGACGCAAUGUCGAGCCAGGAAAAGCUAGAGCUUUUCGAACGCUAUGGUCUUGACCCUAAUGACUUCCUUUCUGAACCUUCCGUUAAGAGGAAGAGGAGAAAGGACCGAGGGCAGGAAAUGGGAAAAGGAAAACAACCAGUGGUAGAGGUCGUCAGAAAGCCACCUCGUACCACACAUAAAUUGCUUCAGGUGCUGGGCGGAAAAGCUAAAAGGAAGAAGCUCUUAUCGCCUGUAGGCAUGGAUGUGCGUCCCAUGAUGGAGGUAGUUAAAGGUGCUGCAUUUGAUAUAUUGCAGGUGGCUGGUGGCUGCCCUGCAUCUUUAAGACCUGGUCGCUGGUUGGACCUGUAUAGUGGCACUGCUUCAGUUGGUAUCGAAGCUUUAAGUCGAGGUUGCUCUGAGGUGCAUUUUGUUGAGAUGGAUCCAUGGGUGGUUUCAAAUGUUCUGCAGCCGAAUUUACAAUGGACAGGGUUCCUUGAUUUUUCAGUUAUACAUACUGUCACUGUUGAAAAUUUCUUGGAACGGGCUCAGCAGUUUGUAGGUGGUGACACAACUUUUGACUACAUUAGUGUCACACCUCCAUACAUGAAAGUUGAUUAUGGAAUACUUAUGCACCAAAUAUCAGAUUCGUCCUUGGUCGGGGAAGAUACGUUUAUUGUGGUCGAAUAUCCUUUGGGAACAGACAUGUUGGAUUCUUGUGGAUGUCUUAUGAAGAUAGCUGAUCGUCGCUUUGGUAGAACACAUCUGGCAAUAUAUGGGCCAAAGUGGGCAAUGAAGAAGAAGAAGAAGGGCUGAAUCACAUAGCAGGACAUUAAGAAAAUGAUUUAAUUUGAAAAAUGGGAGAGCCUGCAGGACAAUGCCGAGUUGCCGACCAAAUUGUUUUUUUUGUGAGCUGUGCAUUGACUGGUGUUGUAUACAAGGGGCUGUAAUCUACUGCUGAAAUUCAGAACAUUAGAGCCAUUGUUUGGUUCAAGAAAACGUGAGUGGAGCUUUCCCAUUCCUAUUCACUUUGUAGUCAAGGCAGCUGCUGUCUUGAAAUGGACAAAUUACUGAAGUGUAAGGGUUUAUACUUUCUUUUUACUUCAUCAUUUCUUUUGUUUCCCUUCCUUUUGUCAUCUUCUUUUUGGAGGGGGGGGGGGAUACGAGAUUACUAUUUAAAUAUUGUAGAUGAGUUGGAUAUUAUUGUACCUUUCCUAUGGAAUGAAUCAUCAUUGGAACCAAUUGCCCCAACCUUUUCAUCUAGUUUAUUGUUGCUAUUCUUGUUGCCUGAUUUAUUGAACAUAAACAAGUACAACAUUAUUUUCUAUUACACUGCUGGAGCCUUGAGCAGGUAGAACCGUAGAAUCACGGUACCGUAUUGAUUUAAACCUGAGUUAACCUUUAUGAGACUCAAACAUGCUUAAAUCUAGAAUGAUGACUUAGUUCAAGAGGCCAUGAUUACCCUCUUGCAACUGUUCUGAUCUAUCCCUUGCUCGUGCUUUUAUUCUUUGUUAUCCUCAAAGCUGAAUUGUGGUAAUGUUUGUUUGUUUCUUCCAUUAUUGUGGGUAUGCAGCAUUUUACACUCAAACAUCAUUAACCACUUAGAUUUUGAGGAGUCUAAUAUGAAUAACUUGUUAGACCUAUCGAUUGACUGUUCAUAAAGAUUCACUUGAAUUAUUGACAAUUAGGUUAUAACUUGUUCUAGACUGAAGGGUCUUCUGUUGAUCAUCAGUGAUCUAAAUAUUUGAGAUUGAGCGUUCAUGAUGGUCAAGAGUUGAUUCCAUUACGUCCUCUCUCUCUCUUUCUCAAACUCAUUGUCUUGUUCCAUUAACUUUUUAAAAGUGGAUGUGGAGGCCUUUCUUUGGUAUGAAUCCAAGAUAAACCUUAGUUCUGACCUUUGAGAUGUUCAGAAAUGAGGGUUUUUGUUAGGGUUUUGGAAAAGGGUUGUGGAAACUGAAUGUUCUGUGGAUGCUUAUAUCGCUGGGUAUGCCUUGUUGGGUGCUUAAAAUUUUGUGUCUCGACUGAGCCCACAGGCGGAGCUAGAGGGGGCCCGAUGGGGGCAGCUGACCCUACAAGAAUUAAGUGUGUAUAUACAAUUAAGGAUUCUGCUUGACAAAUAUCCCUUUGCCACAAUUUUCACGGUCAUGUUUCUAAUUGCAAUCUGUUGCCUAAAGAAGCCCAGUUCGAAUCGUGAAGGGAGCAAGCUUUGCUGUUUUUUUAAUGUUUUCCCUCCAAAAUUCUUUACAUACUCAUUUUCUUUAUGUUCAUUCUUUAUUCUUAUUUUUUUUAUUUAAGUCUUAGGGAAAAUCAUAUUAUUAACAACUUUUUUUAAAAAAUUGCAGUAUGUUAGUCUUUGUAUAUUUAUAAAAAUAAUUUCGUAACUAUUAUUAAUUUUGUAAGAACUACGGGGUUUUGACUAUCAAGCCCCCAACUCCAAUUUCCUGGCUCCGCCAUCGACUGUGCCCCCAUUGCAGCUUUCUGUUGGGAGGAAGACGCUUGGCAGAUUUCUUGGGUAGGGUCAAGAUUGUCAAAUUUCAAUUGAAGAUUUUUGAGAUUGGGCAUUCAACAAGGGGUAAAAGAGCCAGGGAGUUUUGGGGGAUGGACAUUCGAUCCUUAGUGGAGGCAGUGUUUCUCAAGGUGUUUAUAUAAGGCGCCAGCAAAGGGUGGUAAGGGUUUUUAAGAUGGAUUUAACCCAGGGGUGAAUGUUACUGGUUUGGGUCAUCAGAUGGGUGUGGUUGGCAGGCUGGAGGCGUGUAUAAAAGCAGUAGUAGAGGACGAGGUGGUUAGUGUUUUUGGACUAUUGUGGAUGGUAGUAAAGUGAACCGUUCUAUCAUUGGAAAUGUUUAUUAGGAGAAUAUUUAAGCAAAGGUGAGAGUGGAUGCUACAGAUCUAGCAUCUGUCGCAACAAGAGAAGAUGCAUAUGAUGUGUGUGGUAUGUAAGGAGGCAUGUAUGGUGUUUGAGGAGGUGCAUCAGAUGGUGCGUACAGUGUAUGUCAGCUCGUGAAGGUCAGUUUCUGACUAGUUGAUCGUGUGACAAGGUGCCAGAGUUGGAGAAAUGUGUUCUCAAAGCAGUGUAUGAUGCGAUUCAGGGAUCAUUAGAAGGAUGGCCAUUACUUUGUCACUGAUAGUGCGUAGAACUCUGAGUUUUCACUUUUCAGUCUGGAACAAUCUGCAAUUCUCGGGGAGUUGAACUAGGAUAAACUGUUGCAUCUGCAUGUCUCAUCCUGUAGUAAGGUAGUAUAGGCUGAGAAGUCAAAUUAAUAAUACCCAUGUUCUGGAUUAUCUUGUUGACGAUUAAGGUGCCAAGGUCAUAAAUGGCGAAUCUGGUGGAAAGGUUAGGUAGAAGAACAGUUUAAAUUCUAGCCAGUAUUUUUGAAAGUAGAGGCUGAGAAGUUUUGUGUACUGACUUCAGCUAUUUUAGUGAUGUUUUUUCUUUGAAAAGAUGAUGUCUGUUGUAGCAAAUACUAAGUACUGAUGGGAGAUCUCAUUUUUGCGGUAAACAAGCUUGUACGGUGUGGUGCCGAUGGGAGUCUUAAAGGUAGUACCAUAUACCCAUAAAGCAUCAUCCAACCUAAAUGACCAGUCCUUCCUAGAUGUAGUUGGUAAUUGUAGGUAAAUGUUGCAAUUUUUUCUACCUUUUCUUAAUAGAUACUUUUUCACUUGUCGGAUUUAGGGAACACCCUUCGUGUUCUGUGUUCUUCAAGGUUGAAAACUAAGUGUUUGAUGAUUCUUAAGACCUUUACGCAAAACUCUCUAGAUAUAUUUUAGCUGGUAGAUUUCUGAGAGGAAACAUAUUUAUGCAUCAAACACUUAAUCGAUACUUUUUCACUUGUCGGAUUUAGGGAACACCCUUCGUGCUCCGUGUUCUUCAAGGUUGAAAACUGUGUGUGCAUUUUAAGACCUUUAUGCAAGACUCUCUAGAUAAAUUUUAGCUGGUAGAUUUCUGAUAGGAAACACUCGCAGGUUAUUUAUGUAUAUAAUUUGUUGUUACUUCCGUGUGAAAUGUAAGUAAAAUGCAUUUAGAGUUAGUUUUUAAGAAAUACUCCGUUUUCAGGUUCUUUUUUUGUACAGAGUGUUCAAAGUUUAAGAGCGUAUAUGUACCCAAAAUUUGUCUAAUUCCAAUUGCGGAAUACAUUUUGGAAAGGACAAAAGGUGUUUCUCUGAUAUGCAUUGCUCAUGUCAUCAUGUGAGAGUAUUUUCAAAAUGAGGGAAUACAUAGAGCAAAGGGAGCAAAUCCCUAAAAGCGUAUUGAUUUAAGAAACAGGGAAAGUUGAAUCACUUUGGAUUUGCUUUGUGAGCCUCACAAGUGGAUUUGACUCUCUCUGGCUUUACUUUGGAAAACAAGUUCUCCUGUUGAAGGAUCCUUGUAGCCAAUCAGUAAGACUUAUUGUGCACAAUUAAUCACUGGGUAAGUCCACAGUUUGAUGUUGCCUUUUAUUUUGAUGUGUUACUGACUUACUGGUGUACUUAUGUUGUUAUUUGAAGUCUUCACUCUUCAGUUACUUUUUUCACUGUGUGGUUUGCUGGUUUACAAAUUUACGAAAAGAAAAUGAGUAUAGCUGUAAUUGGAAAGUUGGCGAAGUAUAUAUCUUAUUUGUAAUGGGGGGUUCAAAUCAAGUUUAUAUUCAGGCUUAAAACUCUGAGAAGCAUGGCUACAGUCCAACCAAAUCUGAUGCAUACUUGAAACUGGAAAUGACCUGUUCCAAAAAUAUCCUUUUUAUUGUUUGAAGGUUUUAUCAAUCAUUUUCUUGUAAUGAGAAGGAAAAGUUUCCCAUACCCAACUCCUUUAUUUUAUAGAGAGUAGAUAGCACAUAAUACAGGAUUCGCUGGCUUGCUUGGCAGCUGCUGCACUUUCCGCCAUGUUAAUAGUUUUAUUUUCCGGCUUUAGAAAGUUUUUACUUUGUGGAUGAAAAAUGCAUCACAUUUCUACUGUUCGGAGCACUAAAGUUAUGUUAAAUGGAGAUCUCUUUAGGUGGUCUCCACUGAUUGAAGGCUCCAUUCUCUAAAUUUCUACUAUAUACCAGUAAAGUGAAGAAACAUGUUAGUACCAGAGGUGGUAACUUUUGGUGGACCACACAUUGUGCACUUAUUUAGAUUUUAGGUUUCCAUCAUUAAUUCAUUAUAUUAUUGCAGAGUUGCCAAUACCUGGUGAACAUGCUGAGUAAACUACUUGUUCAUAUACCUGUCUCUGGUCUGUAAAUUCUGGUGCCUAACAAUGAACCUCUCUCUGUUAUUGUGGAUAGCUGAACACGGGGGUUUUGUGUUUUCCUCUUUAAGCACAAGGCAUUUUUCUAUAUCCCUACUGCCUUGUGAUUGAGGUGGUAGAGGGAAAGACUGCUUUCCUCAUUUUGUUUUCCAUUUCAUGUCUUGAUUUCACACAUUGGUGAUACAGGGAACUGCAUGAAUUCUUGAUAGGCAAUACCAUAUAUUAUCCUAGAUCUGCACACUAAGCUGCUGUGAUCUAUUGUGGACGGGGUGAGGGUGUCUUUGCUGUUACCAGGGUUUUAAGUUUCGGAUGUGUUCGCGAUAACAAUCGUGAAACGGUGAAACCACUUUUACGGGUAAUGUGAAUGGUUUGUUGCUGUCAUGAUAAACUCAAAAACUUAACAAUAUGGUCACAAACUCACAAUGCAGUGAUACGACAGAGAUUAGAUUCCAUAGCUGUUACUUUCUGAUAAGUUGGGAAUUAUCUAUAUACAGCAACACUUGAUGUCUUGGCAACAUAUGUCAUAGGUAAUUUUGGGAGUUUUUCCUAUGGAAAAUGUGCUGAUUGAUGAUGCUUCUCAGUUCUCUUUCCAUAAAAUAUGUGUAGUGGUUUGUCUCAACUACUUAAAAAGCAUAAAGAAUUUGAUGUUUAUUCUAGACAUGUUAUUCUUCAUAUAAUUUGAUGCAGAAAAUGUGAAACUAUGUUUUUUGGUUUUCGAGGCGGGUCAUAAUCCUAUGAGUUAUAGAGACCUACUGGAUUCAUUUAGCAUAAAGGGGGCAGAAUGGUCCCAUUAUGUUGGCUUCAUGAAAUACGCACACCAAAACAGAGGAACUAUACUGGAAUGGGUCCAUGCUAUCUUAGAGAUAACUAACUUUUUCUCUUUUUGUCAUGCUUCUCUCUCAUUCUCUGUCCCCACCCCUGCUUUGAAACAGAGUUUUAAAUCAGUAGCCCUCUAUUAAAGGUUGCAAAAUACUUCUUACUCCUUCCCGUCCCCUUCCCCUUCCCCUUCCCCCUUCCUUCUUUGACGUAGGAAGUUGGAAUCAGCGGCAAUAUUGUCUUCUUUAAUGUCAUUUUACAAUAACGAUUCUUGAAUAUCAUUUGUCUUUCUUAAUUUUGAAAUGAUCAUCUUCUUCAUCUUCAUCUUCACUUCCUGUUUUCUUAAGAGUAUCAUAUCCUUCUUAGGAAGGGAUAUAUAGUUGGGUGAAGUUGUAUGGCUGGUUAUGGUGUUGGCGGGGGAGGUGCUACGCGGGUUUUGAAAGCUAUCUGUGUAGCUUUUAUGUUGGUUAUUUCUGUAUGGUUCUUGUUCAUGGGGAUCGUAGCAAGCAAAGAGAUAGAGGGACGAACAGCAGCAACAAGCACAUCAGUUGGCAAUCACAAGCAUACUAAGUUGCUGGGGAGGAAGAGACAUUCUGUUCCUGUGAAGCUCAGCCCGGUUUAUGCUAGUAAACGAAGAGUCCCAAGUGGACCUGAUCCUAUUCACAACAGGCACAUCGGAGAGACUAGAAAACCACCUGGCAGGGCAUAAUGCUGCCUUAGAAUUGAACUGAGGUUGUUUACCCAGUGCAUUGAGACAACCGUUGGAAAAUUUAUCUAUUGAAUGAGUGCUUUUCCAAUGCUAAUAUAGCAAAAUUUAUAUCAAGGGUUAAUUUUUCCAAUCUUUUUACUCUGUCAGUAUUAUAAAUAUAAAUAUUUAUAUAGGAAGUUAUUGUUUUUUAAGUAGGUAGUCUCGAUUUAUUAUUUCCAAUUUAGGAUGUCAUGAGAAGUUAUUCGUUUGUUUGCUGUAAAGAUUAUAUUUUCUUUUAUUUUGAGAUUUUACGUGUAAA